CUCUUCUGAAUCUUCUUCUCCCUUUCCCUAAACCCCAAAUUUAGCCGUUCAAAACCCUGAGUUACUCCUCCUCUUCUAUCUCUGUGUUCUUAUUGGUAUAUGCCCUGCUUGGUGUUGCAGGACGAGUAAACGACAACUGAAUGUGGAAUGAACCCACAACAUGCAGACGUUAUUCAAUCGAACUCCUCCUGUUCUCAUCCUCUGCACCGCCGCUAGGUCUCCAUUUUCUUCUUUCCCUUCAAACAGUUCCCGCUCUCUAGGGUUUUGUAUUACAAGAAAAACCCCACAGUUUAACUUUCUCUGUGAUUCAUCCCCUUCGCAACUCAACAUGUUUGGUGCUGCAACUCUUCAUCUGCCUCCCUCCGGCGUUUCUUCAUUAAUGACACCCGCGACCACUUCAUUUUCCAAUAACCCAACAACAGCUAUUUGCCGAUGUUUAAUCAACAACCCAGGUCCUGUCAGGGCUUGGGCUUCUACGAAAAAGCUUCAACUUGGGCUCCGCUUCCAUACUGUUUCGGACGACAUUCUGUCUGUUUCAGCCACAGUUACAUGCAAUACGUCGGAGAAUUUGGAGGACAGUAUCGAAAACAGAAGGGUAGAUGAUAUAAACGGUGAGGAUGGAUUGGAUGAUGAUAAGGUUGUGAAGUUGCAGAGGAGGCAAAAGUAUUCCUCUAGCGAGAUGAUUCUUCCUGGAAAUCCUGAUUUGUUGACAAUUCCAGGCGUGGGACCAAGGAACUUGCGGAAGCUUGUGGAUAGUGGUAUUGUAGGAGUUACCGAGCUCAAAGCAUUGUACAAAAAUAAGUUUUCUGGGGAAGGUAAUGAGAAGAUGGUGGAGUUCCUUCAGAGUUCUGUGGGAAUCAUUCACAAAAACCAUGCAGAAAGUAUAACUUCUUUCAUCAAGAGUAGUGUGGAUGAAGAGUUCAAGGAGGAUAAUAGUGAGGUUUCAAAGCAUACAGCUCCAGGAAAACGGAUAACUUUUUGUGUUGAAGGGAAUAUUGGAGUUGGGAAGACUACCUUCCUGCAGAGAAUUGCUAAUGAAACAAUUGAGCUAAGGGACCUUGUGGAGAUUGUGCCAGAGCCUGUUAACAAGUGGCAGGACAUUGGACCUGAUCACUUCAAUAUUUUGGAUGCCUUUUACGCUGAACCUCAAAGAUAUGCGUACACCUUCCAAAAUUAUGUGUUUGUUACCCGAGUUAUGCAGGAAAAGGAAUCGUCUAGUGGAGUUAAGCCCCUCAGAUUGAUGGAGAGGAGUAUCUUCAGUGAUAGGAUGGUGUUUGUACGGGCUGUUCAUGAAGCAAAGUGGAUGAAUGAAAUGGAGAUAAGCAUUUACGAUUCGUGGUUUGACCCAGUCAUUUCGUCUUUGCCUGGGCUCAUACCUGAUGGUUUUAUAUAUCUUAGGGCAAGUCCAGACACUUGCCACAAGCGAAUGUUAGUUCGUAAUAGAGAAGAGGAAUGUGGAGUCUCCUUGGAUUAUCUUCGUGGCUUACAUGAGAAACAUGAGAACUGGCUUUUUCCUAUCCAAAGUGGGGAUCAUGGGGUAUUAACCGUCAAUAAGAUACCUCACCUUACGGAUAGACCCGAGUUAAGGGAUCGUAUAUUCUACUUGGAGGGUGAUCAUAUGCAUCCUCGCAUUCAAAAGGUUCCAGCACUGGUACUCGACUGCGAACCCAACAUUGAUUUCAGCAGAGAUAUUGAAGCUAAGGAAGAGUUUGCACGGCAAGUAGCCACUUUUUUUGAGUUUGUGAAACAGAAGAAGGAAGACGAAGCUCAAAAUGCGAUUGCAAAAGACAACCAAUCAAGGUCGAAGAUGAUACUUCCACAAAAGAAUGGUUUAUGGGUACCACCUGAAGGGAAGAGGUUCCCGGAAUCAGCCUUGAAGUCCCUGGACUUUAGGAGAGCCAUGUCAAUCUUGUCUGGCUAGUAGUGUCUUGUUUGGUUUCUUCGAUUGCUUCUCGUGUAUAAAAAUUGUCAUAUGAAUUAGAGUGUUAUUUAUGUAUGCUGGUUCAAGUGGGAGUUUUGUCAUGUUAAAAUUUGUAUCAAACACUAAACACCAAAUGUGUAAGUCUAUCUCCAUUGUGUGUUGAAAAGCACAAGUUUUGUAUACUAAGGGAGAAGAAUGAAAUUCAAUUGAAGGCAAGUGUUUAGAACUUU